UAAAUGCCAGAAAAUCCAGACACAAUGGACGACACAGAAGCGCCUCUGGACUUGAGCAAAGUGAAAAAGAAGUCGAAAAAAGCUCCGCCUUCGUUCCGGACAGAUCCUGAUGCAACAGGUGAACCAACACCUGGGACUGAUGGCUCUGCGGGGGGCGACAAGGGAGGGGCAGAGGACGAGGGUGGAAGUUUGAACUUCAAACAGAUGAAGAAGAAAAAGAAGCCAGCCAUCAACUUGGACGAGUUAGUCCAAGUUGACCCAUUGGCAGAUGACAAAGACGGAGAUGGAGUGAAGGACUUGAGCUACGAGGAGUUGUUGGAGAGAGUGUACAAGAUCAUGCGGGAGAAGAACCCGAAUGCGGGCGAGAAGAAACAGUUCGUGAUCAGACCCCCCGAAGUGGUCAAGGCAGGCGCCAAAAAGACCUCCUUUGUCAACUUCCUCGAAAUAUCCAAAGCAAUGAACAGAGAACCCAGACACGUGCUAUCUUUUAUAUUGGCGGAGUUGGGAACAAGUGGGUCAAUUGACGGAAACAACACUUUAAUCCUCAAGGGCAAAUUCCAAGUUAAACAGAUGGAGAACAUCCUCAGAAGAUAUAUCAAGGAGUACGUGAUGUGUCACACGUGUAAGAGCAAAGACACCAAGCUGCAGAAGUCAGACAGACUGCAGUUCCUCCAGUGUGAGUCAUGCCAGUCCAGGUGUACAGUGGCAAACAUCCGCACAGGAUUCCAGGCAGUCACGGGCAAGAGGGCCGCCCAGAGGGCCAAGGAGGUGUAAUCAGCCCAACCCCGUGUCACCCUAACCCAGUCAUACAGCAUCCAUCUGCCCAACCAGUCCAGCCCAUCUUCGUACAUCUCCCACUGAAUAACACCAAUAACUUCAUCCCACAACUCAAACAACUGGAGACAAUGCGAGACAUUUAAUAACAUUCGUUCGCAACAACUGUGACAUAAACUGUAGUCAACGCAAAGCAAGUAAAGGAGACUUUGCCCUAUUUUCAUUCCAAUGCAACUGUAUUUGAAGAUUACAUUAUACUAGAAGGGCCAAAAUGGAAGCACUAACCAGACAUGCAUGCUACAAUGACCUGCGAUGUUAUUUAUGACUGGCGACUCAAAUAAACUAUGGAGUUUAAGCUGAAGAACUGACUACCGUGAUGUUGCGUUGUUAAGGAAGAACAUAUUUUUUGUAGCUUUAAAAGUAUGCUGUAAUGGAAGGAUAAAAAGAUAAAUUUUUGCUUAAAUUAACAUUUUUGAAGUUUAAAA